CCCAAGUAAGUGAAAUCAUCUAUCCCAGGCCACACAACCAUGAAAUGGCGACAUUGGCAUUCUUAAAGGCUACAUCCUCCUUUCCAUAGAUUCGUACUUUUUGUCCUGCCAUGAGCCAGCCCAAAGUUUGAUCUAUGUCACAGGAUCUGGCCUUCUACAGAUUCUUGUGUCAUCCACUCUGCCCCAAACUUCAUCAAAGAGAGUCCAAGGAGGUAACAUGCCCCACCCCAGAGCCUCAAAGACUUCUCAUCUGAGUCCUGAAAGGAGGUCCCAGAACAUGCCUACUGUGUGACUGGGUGGGCAGAGAAUAAGGAACCAAGAUUUUGUGCCCUCCCCUGACUGGAGACCUCAGCUGGGCGAGGCUAAAGUGGAUAUAAAAGGCGACUCUCGGCUUGCCUCUCCUGCUCUGAGCCAGACAUCUGGCAGCCAUGUCACUCCUCCUGUUGGUGGUCUCUGCCCUCCACAUCCUCAUUCUUGUCUUGCUUUUUGUGGCCACUUUGGACAAGUCCUGGUGGACUCUCCCAGACAAAGAGUCCCUGAACCUGUGGUAUGACUGCACGUGGAACACCACCACUCAAACGUGGGCCUGCAGUAACGUCAGUGAGAACGGCUGGCUGAAGGCAGUGCAGGCGCUCAUGGUGCUGUCUCUCAUCCUCUGCUGCCUGUCCUUCAUCCUCUUCAUGCUCCAACUCUACACCAUGCGGCGAGGAGGGCUCUUCUACGCCACCGGCCUCUGCCAGCUUUGCACCAGUGCAGCUGUGUUCUCCGGGGCACUCAUCUAUGCCAUCCACGCCGAGGAAAUCCUGGCAAAGCACCCAAGUGGGGGCAGCUUCGGUUACUGCUUUGCCCUGGCCUGGGUGGCUUUCCCACUUGCUCUGGUCAGCGGCAUUGUCUACAUCCACCUGCGAAAACGUGAAUGAGUGCUGUGUCCCCUAGAAAAUAAAUUCAU